GAACAUGCGUUCGCUGACCUCGUUUGUGUGCAUGCGAACGGAGUAGAUUGGAAUGAAUGUUUAUGCCAGCCGCCCUUUAGUACAAAGACCGGAAAAACAGUGAAUCACUGACAUCUCACGUUUGUUUUCGGUCGCCAGAUAGGCGGUAACCUUUGCGGCCGGCCGUUCCCUUGCGCGUCGCCAGAACCUUCCUCGGAGGCAUGCUGAAUGCCCGACCAGUUGUCGUCGAGGGCCCCGUGGGGGGAGAACAUCUUCUUGUAAAAAAGGCAGCUGUCGGCCCCAUCCGGACGACCGGCCGCGGCAGUGGCCCCGCCGGUGGUGCCGCAGGGGCGCUUCCGGCGGCGGCGCGCGUAGUUGAAUAGGCGCUCGUCCGGAGCGCCGCCUCCGGACCUCCUCGCCUCGGAGUCGCUGGUGGUGGCUGCUGCCGCCGGCUGGUUCAGUGCUCCUGCUCGGGCCGAGCGGCGUGCUGCUGCCUUUGCCGCCGAACGGAUAUACUCCGGAUAGAUCGGGGUCACGUCGUCGCUCUCGCUUUUUUUCCCGUGCGCGUCUUCGAGCGCGGGUGUCGUCGUCCAGCAGGCGCGCCCACGCGCCGGCCACCCCGACGACCGUCGCCGUGUUUUUCCCCCGCCGUGGCGCGAUGCAGCGUCCGCGCAAACCGAGCCUCUUCGACGCGCCCAUCUGGAAGAGCCUGCCCUACUCGCUCUGGGCGGCGCUCCUCGACGACGUAGACGAAGACUCCAGCGACGAUGACUCCGAGUCCUCACUCUUCUCGUCCAGGGUCUCCUCCGAGGGUUGCCUCUCGGACACCGAAAGUGACAUAACACAGAAGGGCUAUGAGAAGAAACGAGCCCGGCUUUUAGCUCCAUAUCUCCCAUCACACCCUACAGCUCUGCCCACAGGCUCUGCUAGUCCUUCCACUCGAGCCAAGAGAAGAGCUCAGCGUAGGCUUACACGUAAUGAGAGCAGGUAUCAUUCAGAAGUCAGACAAGAGGCUGUGCAGCAGGCUUUGGCUGCAAUGCAGAAUAAGCCAAAACCAUCACUUCCAAUGCCUUCGAAGAGGACUUCAGUGAUGACCACGUCACCAUCUAGGGAACGCCAUCCUUCAGACAGCUCGAGUGACGACGACAGCGUACUGAAUGAAGGCAGCACACCGGAGCAGGAAAGGCUAAUGCGGCCGCUGCCUACACCACCCCAAUCGGACACAUCAGGAGCCUCGUCACCACGAGAGACGCCACCUCGCAUUGCCCUGCGUUGUAGCAAUGGCCGUGGUUCAGACCGGCCAACCAUGGAUGGUGUGUCACAUCUGGCUGAUGUCAUGCAGAACCUCACGCCCAGCGAGUACACAGACUUAAAUCCGCAGCCUGAUGUCACCAACACAGGUAUCAGCGCCAAUCAUACUCCAACAGAGCAUGCCAACCGAUACAACCAGGCCCAUAUGUCUUCUGUGAGGGUCACACAGCACUCGGCAACUGGUCUGGAGUACGGUACUGGCAAAUGGAAAGUUUCAGCCAAGAUACAACAGCUACUGAACACAUUGAAGAGGCCGAAAAGGAGACCACUGCCAGAGUUUUAUGUUGAUGAUGAAGUUGACAUGGACUCAAAUCCUUCGGAUCCCAAUGCUCCUCAGCCAGAAGGUGCCACAAUGACUCCCACCGUUGGAGAAAAUCUGGAGGUUCCAUCUGGGCUUCCUCAGUCUUUAGAAGCUGCUAUCAAAAGGUACGGCUCAGGAACAUUCAAGUUUCCCGCUGCCACUGUGCUGGACACAAGUGGAAAAAUUGGGACACCUUUACCCUAUGGCAAGCUUCUCAGCCGGUCCUGGAAGAUAGCCUUUAACCUGCUCAACAAAUUGGGCCAGAAAGGCGAAGGUCAAACACUCAAGCCUGGAGACAGGGUGGCCCUUGUGUACCCAAACAAUGAUCCUGUUGCCUUCAUGUGUUCCUUUUAUGGCUGCCUCAUGGCAGGCUUAGUCCCUGUUCCUAUUGAGGUCCCUUUAACGAGGAGGGAUGCUGGCUCCCAGCAGAUAGGCUUUCUGCUUGGAAGCUGUGGUGUCAGCUAUGCACUCACCUCCGAAGUUUGCUACAAGGGGCUCCCGAAGACUGCCACUGGCGAAAUUCACACCUUCAAGGGGUGGCCAAAACUGCACUGGUUUAUAACGGAACACCUCAGCAAGCCGCCCAAGGACUGGAGCCCUCCUACAAGGCUCACAGAUGAAACUGCUGCCUACAUUGAGUACACCGUUGACAGAGAUGGAGCCAUGAAGGGAGUGGCUGUGUCCAGGUCUGCACUAGUCAAUCAUAGUCGAGCUCUAACAGCUGCCUGCAACUAUACAGAAGGUGAAGUGAUGGUUUGUGUGCUGGACUACAAACGUGAGAUGGGCCUCUGGCAUGGUGUGCUUGCGAGUGUCUUCAAUGGAAUGCAUGUUAUUUUUAUACCUUACUCACUGAUGAAAGUCAAUCCAGCAUCUUGGAUGCUGAUGAUAACCAAGUUCAAAGCCAAUGUUGCUGUAUGCAAGUCAAGGGACCUGCACUGGGGUCUGCUGGCAACCAAGGACCACAAAGAUGUUAACCUGAGCUCACUCCGGCUUCUGCUUGUGGCUGAUGGAUCCAACCCAUGGUCCCUGUCCUCGUGUGACCAGUUCAUCAGUGUGUUCCACAGUCGGGGGCUGCACCCAGAUGCAGUCUGCCCGUGCGCAGCCUCACCUGAGGCCCUGACGGUGGCCGUGCGGCGGCCAGGGCGUGUUGGUGCUGGCGCCAGUGGCCGUGGUGUUCUUUCCAUGGCAGCCCUCAGUUAUGGUGUCAUCCGUGUCGAUAUGGAAAACAGUCUCACUUCGCUCACACUACAGGACUGUGGUCACAUCCUGCCUGGAGCUGUGGCUGCAGUUGUGAAGAUCAAUGAUGCCCCCUAUCUCUGCAAAACGGAUGAAGUGGGUGAAAUUUGUGUGAGUGCCUCGACAUGUGGCUAUGCUUACUGGGGUCUGCAAGGCCUUUCAAACAACAUCUUCAAGAUGCAACCUCUUCACCAGGAUGGAAGACCAGUGACUGACCAGACCUUUGUUCGAUCUGGGCUGUUGGGGUUUGUGGGACCUGGUGGCUUAGUAUUUGUUUGCGGCACCAGGGAUGGCCUGAUGCAAGUCAGCUCACGCAAACACAACACAGACGACCUCAUUGCUACCGUUCUGGCUGUGGAGCCAAUGAAGUUCAUCUACAGGGGAAGGAUUGCUGUGUUCUCAAUCAAAGUACUCCGGGAUGAGCGCAUCUGUGUUGUUGCUGAACAGCGGCCAGACUGCACUGAGGAGGAGAGCUUUCAGUGGAUGAGCAGAGUCCUUCAGGCUGUGGACAGUAUUCACCAGGUUGGAAUCUACUGUCUGGCUUUAGUGCCACCAAACUACCUACCAAAGACGCCACUUGGUGGCAUCCACCUGCCUGAAACCAAGAGGCGUUUUCUUGAAGGCAGCCUGCACCCAGCUAAUGUGCUCAUGUGCCCACACACAUGUGUCACCAACUUGCCAAAGCCCCGUGAAGUGCACCCAGCGGACCUGUCACAAGAUUCUCCAAAAGUGGGCCCGGCGUCUGUGAUGGUGGGCAACAUGGUGCAAGGUGUGCGACUUGCUGUGGCCCAAGGACGGGACAUUGGCAUCAUUGACGAGGACAGUGACACUGCCCGCAAGUACCAGUUCAUCUCAGAAAUCCUGCGUUGGAGGGCCACUACCACAGCUGACCAUGCUGUCUUCACUCUGCUCAAUGCCAAGGGCAACACUGCAUCUAGUUUGACCUGCUCUCAACUGCACAAACGAGCAGAGAGGGUAGGGUGCCUGCUGCUUGAAAAGGGAAAGUUGAACACGGGAGAUCAUGUGGCACUUAUAUACCCGCCUGGCAUCGAUCUCAUCUGUGCAUUCUACGGGUGCCUUUACGUUGGUGUGGUUCCAGUGACAAUCAGACCACCACACCCGCAGAACCUGCAGACUACCUUGCCCACCGUUCGAAUGAUUGUUGAUGUCAGCAAGUCUGUGAUUGUUCUUUCAACAGCACCUGUCACCAAGCUCCUGCGAUCAAAGGAAGCGAGCAACGUAGUGGAUGUCAAGUCCUGGAGAAUGAUUCUGGAGACUGAUGACUUACCCAAAAGGAAGCUUAGUAGCAUUUAUCGAGCCCCAACACCGGAGAUGAUUGCUUAUUUGGAUUUCAGUGUCAGUACUACUGGCAUGCUUGCUGGAAUAAAGAUGUCACAUGCAGCUGCAACAUCACUCUGCCGGAGCAUGAAGCUAGCCUGUGAGCUGUACCCCUCCCGGCACAUUGCCCUGUGUCUAGACCCGUAUUGUGGCCUUGGGUUUGUUCUUUGGUGCCUAAACAGCGUUUAUUCAGGCCAUCAUUCCAUUCUGAUCCCACCCUCUGAGGUGGAAGUAAAUCCUGCUAUCUGGCUGACAACGGUGAGCCAGUACAAAGUUCGAGACACCUUUUGCUCCUAUGGAGUGAUGGAGCUGUGCACGAAAGGUCUGGGGUCGUCAAUUACUCAGUUGAAGCAGCGUAAUGUGAAUCUGAGCUGUGUUCGGACCUGUGUGGUUGUUGCGGAGGAGCGUCCUCGGAUUGCACUCACCACCUCAUUCUCAAAGUUGUUCUCUGGACUUGGCUUGUCUCCUCGAGCUGUGAGCACCAGCUUUGGUUGCCGAGUUAACGUCGCCAUCUGUCUUCAGGGGGCAUCAAGUCCAGAUCCAAGCCAAGUGUAUGUAGAUAUGCGGGCACUGCGCAAUGACCGGGUGACACUGGUGGAGCGUGGUGCUCCACAUUCCCUGUGUCUGCUCGAGUCAGGGAAACUACUGCCAGGACUCAAGCUGGUCAUCGCUAACCCAGACACCCGGGGACAAUGUGGUGACUCACACCUUGGAGAGAUCUGGGUACAAUCACCCCAUAAUGCGAGUGGAUAUUUCACUGUAUAUGGUGAUGAAUCCCAACACAAUGACCACUUCAAUGCCAGGCUUAUUACUGGAGACACUGGAAGCGUGUAUGCUCGCACCGGCUACUUAGGCUUCCUUCGACGUACAGAAGCAGUCUCAAGUGACAAUGAGACUGAUCCAGACGUUGCAUCAAAUGGAGAUGGCCCAGAGCUGCAUGAUGCAGUGUUUGUUGUUGGGGCCCUGGAUGAAACUAUGAUGCUUCGGGGAAUGCGGUACCACCCUAUUGACGUUGAGAACAGUGUGCUGCGCUGCCACAAAAAGAUCUCAGAGUGUGCCGUGUUUACGUGGACCAACUUGCUGGUGGUGGUUGUGGAGCUGGACGGCAAUGAGAGCGAGGCACUGGACCUUGUGCCGCUGGUGACAUCAGUGGUACUAGAGGAACACCAGCUUGUUGUGGGCGUGGUCGUUGUGGUGGACCCUGGUGUAGUGCCCAUCAACUCACGUGGUGAGAAGCAGCGCAUGCACUUGCGUGACGGCUUCCUGGCCGACCAGCUGGACCCCAUCUAUGUGGCCUACAACAUGUGAGCCCUCCCUUGGGUCCUGCCAGUCGUCCAGAACAUGUCUCCUGCUACAACACGUCUGUCAACACCAUCUGCAAAGCCUAAUGUGUUGAGCGACUGUUUUUAAUUUGUAUAAGCCUCCGUCAUUGCUUAUGUAUGCUUGCAGCAUGAAUGCAGAAAAGAAGGAAUGAGCCAGACAACCGGUUUGUUUGUCCUCCAGAUGUCCCUCUUCAAGUUGUUGCACAUGGCAGUACUGUGAAGGAAGGCAAACAUUGUUUGUAGCACAUGACAGUAAACCACGUCACAGUGUUCGCAAAUGGAAUUAUCUGCUCUUCUCGCUUGCUCCUUGGCAACCUGCUGUUUCCAUGUUGUUAUUGGUACUUGUUCCUUUUACAUUGUCACUGUGGAGGCAACCAUUUCUUGUUUCUUCCUAUCUGCACCUAUGUUGGAAGCAGUCUAAAUGUAGGUGUCAAACUAUGGCAUCCUGUGUUUUUUUCACACUGCCACACCUCUUGCUUAACUUGGUUCAGCUCUUAAGGAAAAACAUAACAGACACAGGUUCAGAGAGAGUAGGCGCAUUAGUGCUGGGCACAGCAGGAAUUGCUCACAGCAGAGGCAGACUGGAAGUAUUGUAGACUUUGGCGUCGCAGAUACACUGACUGAGGUCGGGGCCAUUACAUUAUGUAAAAAUGCUUCUCAUCCCCUCCCCCUCUGUGCUCCUUUGCUUUCUCAUUAACUGCAGAAUUGUUGAGUGUCAGGAAUAGCUGUUACCAAUCAGUACUGUGUUCAGCUUUGACAGCAAGUGCUUCUUCCCCCAAAGGAUUUUUUUUUUUUUCAUUUUUCUUUGAUGUGGAAGAAGCUGGCAGUGUGCAGCACAUAGUUCUGGGUGCUUGCAUACAUGUCAGCAUCAUCGCAUGCCACUUAGUCACUUUUUGCGAUGAAAUCUGUAGUGAGAAUGACUAGAAACCUUUGUCACAAUGUUUGGAAAUUGAUAUAUAUAUAUAUAUAUCCAUAUAUAUUAUACAUACUUAUAUAUAUAUAUAUAAUAAUUCAUAAAAGUCAUAAAAAAAGUGCUCAUGUGUGUAAAAAGUGGUUUUUCAGAAGACUGCCAAGUCAGGCCUGUUGGAGUAGGGGGAAGAGAGGCGACGCCUGGCAUCACUUACCUGCUGCUACCUAUAAUUUUUUGGCUUGCUUUUGCCCGGACUUGUGUGUUAUGGCAUUUUGUAUGCCUUCGAAGCAGAGCUCAGGGCUGGGUCAUUCAGUGUAAAUGUGUUGUUCUGCGCAUGCACUUCUUGCCAGGCAGUCUUCUGCCACCAGGGCAUUUCAGCCAGCAAGUUGACUUAUACGCCUGCAAAGCGGCCACUGCCACGAGGGAGCAUGCACAUGACUGAGUGCUUUGCCUGUGGCAACCUCAACAGACUCCCAUUCUUGCAUUCCGUGAAAAGCGUUUUGACAAGCUGGCAACUGCUUGCGCUGUGCGAUGUGAUGAUGGUCAGGCAUUUUGUCAUCUUUACAGACUGUUCUUUCCUUAUUUUGUGUUUUAACUAAAUGUACAGAUUUCUUGUGCAGAUGUUUUAGGCAACUGUGAAGCAUCAUGACAUGCUCGGCUGCAUGAGUAUGUGCUGCUUUGUUGCCAUUGUUUAUCAAUCUUCCCUGUAUAUUUAUUGAGUCUGUAGAGCCAGUGAUGACCAAAUGAGCAGCGUGAAUUUUGUGAAUCAUGGCAUUGCUUUCUCAUUUUACUUUGAACAAAGUUGUGCUGAAGAGUCAUGUUACUUGUUUUAACUAUAGACACGCUGAAAAGAAUGAACAAACAAUUUGCUAAAAGUAGGUAGCUGACUUAAGACAAAAAAAAAAAAAAUGUCUAGUGAAGGCAUCUGCUUUCUUUAGUGAGUCAGUUGUGUAAUUUUAGACUGCAGUAAACUGUGUAUGCUGCAAUAUUCACUGCUACUGAUGCUUUCAUUUGUAUUACCAAAAAUUAACUCGCCAGUAUUAGAUCAUAAUUUUUCAACACCAUAUCAGCUUGUACAUAGUAUAAAUGAUGGACACUGCUUAAGCAAUGCUUUUCUGAGGCCACUACCAAUGCUGUCUGGUGUAAAAAUGCUGAAUGUGUCUGUUACAAUAAGCUGUUAAAAGAUGUAGGAAUUCUGAAUGAUUAUGUCCUAGCAGCCUAGCCCCACGCAUACAUUUGCUGUCAUUGCAUUAUAUAUGCGGUGACAUACGCAUUUUUUGUUUGCAUACUGCCAAGGGCUCAACUUGAAUGCAAGUUAUAAUUUGCAAAUUGUUUCAGCGCGGCAUACAUAUAAACAUAUAUACAUAUAUACAUACACACAUAACAUUCUUUUCCGGCUGUAUGAAAGUGAAAGGUUGUUUGUAUAUAAAUUUAUGGCUGGGUGCAAGUUGCAUGAAAUUGUAGCUCUUUGUUCACAUACUCCUAGGUUCUUGUACUCUUCUGUGAUCUGCAUACUGUUGUCAUUUUGCAAACAAAUGUUUGUGUUUUGCCUGUUACACAUGCAUUUGUUUCAUUUCCAACAAUAACCAUAGCUUUAAAAGUGUUAUGUCCAUUUGCCACUAUGCUUGUCUCAUGUGUAAAUUUAAAAAGUAAUGGUAAAUUUGCUUUCUGCAAUAUUUAUGCAAUAUUUGAACUUGACCUUUUCUUUUAUAUAUAUGUAUACACCCAUAAAAGCUCCAAAAAUAACAUUUUUAUGUUAUUCUUAUUGUAAAGCUAGAUUCUGGAUUGAACUGUAGGUGGAGCAGUGUGUCAACCUUAACAUGAACAGAACAUCUUCUGCAAGCUUCAUAGUUUUUUUUUUUUUUUUUUUCCCCUUCACAAACAGAAUGACUGUGUUACUUAUAGCAUAUGUGCAAAGUAGUUCAAAGUUUUGGACAAGCUUCUGUACAAUGGAACCUGUGCAAAAGAUAAACACAAGAGUGUGCUAUCAUUCCAGAUAGGCUGUGGAGUGCUGCAAGUGCGGAGAAAGGACAAAUUGUUGUUGCAUGUUGUUCUCAGUCUACCGUUAAAAAGGUGUGAAAUACACGAGACAGAAAUCAUGAGCUCACUGUUUCGUGUCCUUUCAUUUCCUCUUUUUUGGCGUUCAUAGCACACCUGAAAUAAAAUAUGUGAAAGCCAAGCAGU